AAUGAACCCGUUUAUGGUCGCACGAUACCCAUGGCAAAAACCAACCUUAUGUUCUUAACGGCGAAAUGCUUUGUUGGGUCUUUCCCUCUUCUCUGUUCUCCUUCUUCUUCCUCUGUCUUCCUUCCGUGCAGUGGGUCGAUUCAUGCACACAUUACAGAAGCCUGUCAUCGUCUCUUUCUGGACGGCAUGAGGCGCUAGACAGACAUAGAUGGCCUGGUUGUGAUCAAGACGUGUUCUGAAACGGAAAAGUCUCGUCUUCACAGAUGUGCAUGUACUGGAAUGUGCUGCUCGACGACGACCCUCGUGCGAACGUCGGACGGUGUGGGACGACGGAAUGACUGAUCACCCAACGAACCCAGUCUGUCCGGGUACCAUAGGAACACGACGGAAGGGAGAAGUCUUCUAUGACAGUGGCCUACAAGGGAAAGGGAAUGUGAACAUCCACCCCUCCAGGAAAGGUUUAUGGAAUAUGUGUAUCUGUCUCCAGAUCAAACUUGGGAAGAGAACAACCCCCAUUGCGAAUGCACAUUUGAUCCGCGUUUUUGUGUUCCAGUUUUCUCUCUGCCUCUGCGUUUGCUUCGUGUUUCUUCGGUUUCUCUCCCAUCGCGAGCCUUGGAGGAGAACAAAAGCUGGAACCAAGGGAAGGAGGAGAGAAAAAAAGGUGAGAUCACAAUCAUCACCUACUGAUAAUGUUAAGCGUCGGAUCAAGUUCCAGCUGGCCCUGCCGAUUGAUGUUUCAUCGAAAACUAUCAAAUUGAGGAAGAUUGGAAUUCUCGGAGUGGCUUCGUGUCGGGGUACGGUCUGCUGGGAGCAGGAAGCCAGGCACAGUAGCUGCGUUAUGGGAGAGAGAAAAAGGAUUCAGGCGGGUGCAGGCGGAAACGUUCCGAUCGAGUUUAGCAUCGUCAUUGUCGUUUGUGGGAUCCGAGGAAUUGUUUCUUCAUGACUUGAGACGCUGCUCGCUUCCAGGAGAGGGAGGUUUCGCGAUCGUUUAGCUGGGCGUUUGCGAACACAGUCGAGUAUUAUCGAGCAUCGCCAUUUGCAGGGAAGGCAAGUGGCUUGCCUGCGAGCGUCGUUCAAUGAC